UCUAGCAGGCGGACUGGAUACCGCACGCUGGCCUUAGCAGCGGCCGUAUCAGGGGCUUGGAAUGUCUGGAAUUUUACUCCAUAUUCAUUAUAAUCCCACAUAAAUCAAGCUGAUCGACACACGAUUGGUCAGUUGGCCUUCAAUCGCGGCGGAAAUGUAGUUAAUAUUAAUCUGGUGUGCAUGACAUCACAGAAUGCUUCGUUAAUUGAUUGGCUACACUGGCCCCCAGCUGACACGGCCGGCUGUCAAUCACAGGGCGCCGAGUCUUUUGAUGUUGGCCGGUCGCCUUUGCGUCUGUACACAACUGAAUGGUUGGGGUUCAUUGACGUGGGACGUGGAAAGAAAGUGGAGUCAACUUGAAACGGUUUCGCCGCGAUUUUUUUCCUCCCGUGGAUUUUUUUAAAACCCGGGCCGUACAAUGCCAGGGCAGCCCAGCCGUAGUGGCGAAGACGAUGGGCCCCCGGACGAGACCAAGACCUACCACACCGAAGGAGAACAGGAGGAGAAAAUCAGCGAGAAUGCUGUGGGAGUCCGGGAAUCUUUCGACCAUCUCAACGACGAGAAGUCCAGCCUGGUGAACGCGUACGAGGGGGAAUGCUCGAGUAGUGGCUCCAACAAAUCAAGCACAAGUUCACAGAGGAAUAAGCGGCUGGGACCCAGCGACUAUGCCGAUUCGAGUAAGGACGGACGGGCUAAGAAACUCCAUGGACUCCCCGUUGGUGAAGGUACGUAA